AUGCGAAUCAGUUUAGUCCGUGGGGAUAGCUUAGACGAGCUUGCAACUCCUAUUCUCAUCGCUGAAAGUGUCGCUACCAACGAGGUCUCAUACAUAUGGCAGAUUGGAGACUCAUUGGGCGCAGGCGACAACUAUUGGAUUAUGGUCACAUACCUAAAGGACCAGGACGUAAUCAAUUACUCGUCAAGGCCCCGUGACAUCGACCAGCUUGCCCUCCGCAACUCCAAUAUCAACUACUACACAGCCUGGUAG